GGGCGUUCCGGACACGAUUCGUGUCGUGUCUGCUGUCAAUUCGACAGCAAUUUAUUAAAAUUUGACAUUUACCCAGUAACAAUUAAGUAUCGAAAAUGUCAGAUUCAAAGUACUUCACGACCACCAAGAAGGGGGAGAUCUUUGAAUUGAAGUCAGAAUUGAAUAAUGACAAGAAAGAGAAGAAGAAGGAAGCAGUGAAGAAGGUGAUUGCCUCGAUGACAGUGGGGAAGGACGUGUCAGCCCUAUUUCCAGACGUCGUCAAUUGCAUGCAGACCGACAACCUCGAGCUCAAGAAACUUGUUUAUCUUUACCUGAUGAACUACGCCAAGAGUCAGCCUGACAUGGCGAUAAUGGCUGUCAACACAUUCGUCAAGGAGCUAGCCACAUCUCCGAUGACAAAGGACUGCGAGGAUCCGAAUCCCCUGAUCCGUGCUCUUGCAGUGCGCACCAUGGGCUGCAUCAGGGUGGACAAAAUCACAGAGUACCUGUGCGAACCCCUGAGGAAGUGCCUGAGAGACGAGGAUCCGUAUGUCAGAAAAACGGCAGCUGUUUGCGUUGCUAAACUGUAUGAUAUCAAUGCAGGGCUGGUCGAGGAUCAGGGAUUCUUGGAUCAGCUCAAGGAUCUGCUGUCUGAUAGUAAUCCCAUGGUGGUGGCAAACGCAGUGGCCGCCCUCUCAGAAAUAAACGAGUCGUCCCCGAGUGGUCAGCCCCUAGUGGAGAUGAACGCCCAGACAAUAAAUAAACUGCUGACGGCUCUGAACGAGUGCACAGAGUGGGGUCAGGUAUUCAUUCUGGACUCUCUAGCCAAUUACUCGCCGAAAGAUGAUCGCGAGGCCCAGAGCAUCUGCGAGAGGAUAACUCCUCGCUUGGCUCACGCCAACGCAGCAGUUGUGCUCUCAGCAGUAAAAGUCUUGAUGAAAUUAAUGGAAAUGCUGCAGUCAGAGUCUGAUUUCGUGGGGACCCUCACGAAGAAGCUGGCACCACCCUUGGUGACGCUCCUGAGUUCUGAGCCCGAGGUGCAGUACGUUGCUCUCCGCAACAUCAAUCUCAUCGUCCAGAAACGUCCAGACAUUCUCAAACACGAAAUGAAAGUCUUCUUCGUGAAGUACAACGAUCCAAUUUACGUUAAACUUGAGAAGCUGGACAUAAUGAUUCGUUUGGCCUCGCAGGCGAAUAUUGCGCAGGUGUUGUCCGAGCUGAAGGAGUACGCCACCGAGGUGGACGUAGAUUUCGUGAGAAAAGCAGUUCGAGCGAUCGGUAGAUGUGCUAUCAAGGUAGAACCAUCAGCCGAGCGAUGUGUCUCGACACUUUUGGAUUUGAUUCAGACAAAAGUGAAUUACGUCGUGCAGGAGGCGAUAGUAGUGAUCAAGGAUAUUUUCCGUAAGUAUCCGAAUAAAUACGAGAGCAUAAUCUCGACCCUCUGCGAAAAUCUCGAUACCCUGGACGAGCCCGAGGCGAGAGCCUCGAUGAUUUGGAUAAUCGGUGAGUAUGCAGAGAGAAUUGACAAUGCUGAUGAGCUCCUCGAGAGCUUCCUCGAGGGCUUUCACGACGAGAAUACCCAGGUGCAGUUGCAGCUGCUGACAGCAAUUGUCAAGCUUUUCCUGAAACGACCAACGGAUACUCAGGAGCUGGUGCAGCAGGUGCUGAGUCUAGCCACUCAGGACUCUGACAAUCCUGACCUUAGGGAUCGAGGGUUUAUAUAUUGGAGGCUGUUGAGUACAGAUCCCGCAGCUGCCAAGGAAGUAGUCCUGGCUGAGAAGCCCCUGAUUUCAGAGGAGACAGAUCUUUUGGAGCCAACUCUCCUGGACGAGUUGAUCUGUCACAUUUCGAGCCUGGCAUCUGUCUACCACAAGCCCCCCACAGCUUUCGUGGAGGGGAGGUCAGCAGGUGCGAGGAAAUCUCUACCAGCGAGGACUAACUCCAAUGAGGAUGCUCAAAGGACCUCUGCCCCUCAGGCCCAGGUGAUUCCAGCACAGGAUUCUCUCAUUGGAGAUCUUUUGAGUAUGGACAUUGGAGGUCCUCCAGCAGUAGCUGCCACCCCAGCUGCACCCACUGGCAUGGGCCUAGACCUCCUCGGUGGAGGUCUCGACAGUAUCCUCGGGGGAGGGGACACGGCAGCCCCCGCUGUCUCACAAACCACCACUGGAUUGCUUGGUGACAUCUUCGGAUUCAACCAGGGCCCAGCCCCUUACGUGCCACCUAAAGUAAACUGGCUGCCAGCUGAGAAGGGCAAGGGCUUCGACAUCUGGGGUACAUUCAACAGGAAGAAUGGACAGAUUUCCAUGGACAUGACCUUCACCAACAAAGCAAUGCAGAGUAUGGGAGGAUUCGCAAUUCAAUUGAAUAAAAACAGCUUUGGCUUGACUCCAGCUACACCUUUGGCUGUUCCUGGACCGUUGGGACCUGGGGCAAGCAUCGAAGUCUCUGUUAUACUCUCCACUACUGGAGCUGUUCAAAGAAUGGAACCCCUUAACAAUCUUCAAGUGGCCAUCAAGAACAAUAUCGAUGUUUUCUAUUUUGCCUGCGUCGUUCCCAUGCACGUGUACUUCACUGAGGAUGGACAGCUCGAUAAAAGGGUCUUUCUCUCCACGUGGAAGGACAUUCCUGCACAGAACGAGGUCCAGUACACCCUCAAUGGCAUCAUGCUUACAGCUGAUCAGGUCGUGCAGAAGAUGCAGCAGAAUAAUGUCUUUACUAUUGCUAAACGGAAUGUCGAGGGACAGGACAUGCUUUAUCAGUCUCUCAAGCUUACGAAUAAUGUCUGGGUACUCAAUGAGUUGAAGAUCCAUCCGGGAAAUCCUGAUGUUACUCUCUCGUUGAAGUCUCGCACUGUGGACGUGGCUGCGGGUGUCUUUGCCUCCUACAACGCCAUCCUUCAUUCUUAAAUUGAUGGAGAUGAUUUGAUUUGGGAGGAGUGACGAUCGGGAUGGGAGAAAUGUUCAGGUCACUGACCUGGGGAUAUUCCAGUAGGAUUAAUGAAAUUGUGUACUAUAUAAGGAAUAAAUCAUUGAUUAAG